AUGGGAAUCCUUGGAUACAUGUUAAGUUUUUUUUCCAUUUUUCUUUUCCUUUUUCGGGUGGGGAGGGGCAUAGAUGGACUGACUGAGGGACUAAGGAAGAACUGCUCCCGCGGGUUUCCAUCCGUGCCCACCCUAACUCGUGAACCUCGGAACUCCACAGAAACCCUUAGGAUAACCUCCGCAUGACCGCCACCGCCAUAGAGACGAAAGUCGGCCCGUCGCAUUCCAACUCAAAAGUCACGUGCAUACUUUGAAUCAGUUGAGUAAUGUUGCUGGUAUCGGGUACAAAUGAUCCCAGAGCAAUUGGCUCAGCCACUUAUACACCUCGGGGGUCCCACGAGUCCCAAGAAUGAUUUUCUCUAUAUUGCCGCGAAGGUUGUAGCGGAGAAAGAGGUCUCGCUUGUAGAGUUCGGUAAGGAGAUCGGGAGGAAUAUCUGGCCUAAACGGGUCACGAAAGUCGACUGGAUCGAAGUGAUAGGGUGUAUCGACCACGGACCCUAGAGGGGGAGGGGAGAACGAGGAUUAGCAUUAAAAUACAGGAGGGGUGGAAGGGAGAGAGGGGAGGGGGAUAUAGGAGAGCUCACAAGAACAGCCGAAUCCACCUGUAAUAUUUGCGUGCGCUGUUAGCUUGUGGGCUAGGUUAUGAGUGAAUGUUAAACUUACCAAAUUGUCUCAUCAUGUCCAUAUCCACAAGCGCCAAGUUGGAUUCCAGCGCUGCUCCAUAUACUCCUUGGGCAGUCAGUUUCUCGCUCCAGUCCAGUCUGUGCAUCCCUUUCAAUGAGGUCUCAAUCAUCAGCCAAGAG